AUGGAAGGCACGAACCAAGCCACCAAACGCCCUCGACCAUUCUCUUCCGACUCAGUCUCGAAUAUGCACCAGUCAAAGCACCACCAACCGAUUCCCUUCGGCCCGAAAAUGAACAUGAAGCAGUCCAACCAUCCACUCUCCUUCAAUCAGAGCGCGAGCAUGCACCAGGCCAACCAGCCGCUCUCCUUCGACGGAAGCUCGAACAUCGACGCGACCAACUUCCAACUUUCCUCCUCUGAUCCAAGCUCCUACUUGAACAAUUCCAACUCCAACCAGCAACUGCGCAGCACGUCUUAUGGCAGCCAGAGCUCCCCUCCCUCUGAUGGAUACGCUGUGCCGGUUGGUGGACACCAGAAUUCGUUGGAUAAAGCACAGGGUAAUAUGGUCUACGCUGGCAUUCAACGGUCGGGAGAAGACGUCGCUGGAGUGGGUGGCUGGAUCGGCCCGAACACGCAACGCCUCAUGUACCUCAUCGAAUCAGGGUAUCCAAUUGAUCCGGAGAUGAAAAUUGAAUAG